AUGGCCCUCGUGCCCUCGUCGCCGCGCGACAAAUACCCACCGCUUCCAGACGACAAAUUUCCGUGGAAGGAGCCACCGGCCGUUGUCGUCACGCCCUGCAUCCCAACGCCCUGCGGCCCAUGGGGCGCACCUUACUUUCUCGACGAGGGCCUGCGCAAGGUCACCCCUUACCACUUCACAUACAACACCUUCUGCAAGCAGCGCUGGCGGGGCCGCGAGAUUCUGGACAUCUUCGCGAGCGAGUUCCGCGACCGGCCCACCGAGUACUACGAGAAGGCCAUUGUCGAGGGGCGCGUGGUGCUGAAUGGCAAGCCGGUGCCGAGCACAAAGACGAUUGUCAACAACGGCGACGUCAUCUCGCACACGCUGCACCGACAUGAGCCCCCGUGCACGGCGACGCCCAUUGGCAUCGUGCACGAAGACGACGACAUGAUCGUCAUCGACAAGCCGGCGGGCAUGCCGGUGCACCCUGCUGGCCGCUACAACUUCAACUCCAUCAUCGAGAUCAUGCGCGCUGACCGAGGCAACGGCUGGAACCCGCUGCCCUGCAACAGGCUGGACCGCCUCACCAGCGGCAUCAUGUUCAUUGGGAAGCACAAGGUGGCGGCCGAGGCUUUGGGCGCGCAGAUACGCGGGCGCACUGUCAAGAAGGAGUACAUCACACGCGUUGUGGGAGAGUUUCCCGAGGGCGAAAUUGUCUGCGAGAAGCCCAUCCUUCAGAUCAGCCCCAAGCUCGGCCUCAACCGCGUGCGUGCAGACGGCAAGGAGUCCAGGACUGUCUUCAAGCGCCUCGCAUACUACCCGCCAAAACAUGACGCUCCCGCCCAAGACGAGCAGACCAACGACGUCUCGCCAGACGACCAGCCCUGGAAGAAGCUCCGCGGCUACUCCAUCGUCCGCUGCUUCCCCGUCACCGGCCGCACACACCAACUGCGCGUGCACCUACAGUACCUGGGCCAUCCCAUCUCCAAUGACCCCAUAUAUGCCAAUCAGCGCGUCUUUGGACCCUCGCUGGGCCGUGGGCACUCCGAUUCUGAGAACGACGAGGAUAUCUUGUCGCGUCUUGAGCGUAUGGGCAAGGAAGAGGUAGCCGAUGCUGUCGCCUACCAUGACGAGAUGGUGGACGCGUACAACAAGAAGAAGGCGGAACGUAUGACGGGCGAGCUGUGUAGUAUCUGUGACACGCCGCUGUACAGUGAUCCUGGUGUGCACGAGCUGGGCAUCUAUCUGCACGCGCGGAGGUAUAGAUGCGAGGAGGGCAAGUGGGACUACCAGACAGCAUUGCCUGCGUGGGCUUUACCGCCGCCGGGGUAUGAGGGGCCCACAGAGAGCACAGAAGAGAGUGAUCCAUUGGCAGUAGAUCUGGAGAAGUUGGGCCUAGGGAGUGAGACGCAGAAACAAGAGCAGACUGCUGCCAGCACUGCAACAUGA